GCGCCGCCGGGACGGGCACCGGCGCGCGGCUCGGGCGGGCGCUGGCUGCCUUCCUCCGUCGCUCGUCCGCUCUCCCUCCCGCUUGCUCGCCGGCUGUGGGGCCGGGCUUCCCCCAGCGCUCUUGGGAAGGAAGAAGGGGGGCUGAGGACGCCGACAAGUUCCCGCAGCAGCCGCAGAUCCCGGCCCAGGCGGAGGCUGCGGCUCCGACCCGGCAGGAGCGCGCUCCGCGGCGGAGCGCACAGCCAGAGUGUCCCAGACGGGGCGCCCGGGCCUUUCGCUCUCUGCGGGGCGGCGGGCCGGGAUCCCAUGAGACGCGCCCGUGAGGGGCGAGAGAUCCGAAGCCGGGGCGGCGCACGGCAGAGGCGGAGGGCGGUGCUGCAGCUGCUGGAGGCCAGGAUCCGCCGGCAGGAGGCGGCGGAGAGAACUUGAACUUGGCGUCGGGAGCGGGCGCCCCGGACGCCCCCCGCCGGGGCCGGGGCGCCGAGGGACCUGGGCCGCAGCGCUGCUCUCCGAAUGGCCGCGGCGGCGGACCGGGCUCCCGCGCCGCGGCCCUAGGCGGCCUCUCGCCAUGGCCAAGUGGCUGAACAAGUACUUCAGCUUGGGCAACAGCAAGACCAAGAGCCCCCCGCAGCCGCCGCGGCCGGACUACCGCGAGCAGCGGCGCCGGGGCGAGCGGCCCUCGCAGCCCCCCCAGGCCGUGCCGCAAGCCUCCGCGGGCGCCUCGGCGUCCUGCGGUCCGGCUGCCGCCUCUUGCUUCUCUACCUCGUCGGGAUCGCUGCCCGACGACAGCGGCAGCACGAGCGACCUCAUCCGCGCCUACCGCGCACAGAAGGAGCGUGACUUCGAGGACCCCUACAACGGGCCCGGCUCUUCGCUGCGCAAACUGCGCGCCAUGUGCCGCCUGGACUACUGCGGCGGCGGCGGGGAGCCGGGCGGGGGCCAGCGCGCCUUCUCAGCCUCGUCCGCGUCGGGCGCCGCAGGCUGCUGCUGUGCCUCCUCUGGCGCAGGCGCCGCCGCGUCCUCGUCCUCGUCCUCCGGCUCCCCGCACCUCUACCGCAGCAGCAGCGAGCGGCGGCCCGCCACCCCCGCCGAAGUGCGCUACAUCUCCCCGAAGCACCGCCUCAUCAAGGUGGAGAGCGCCGCGGGCGGUGCCGGAGACCUCCCGGGGGGGGCCUGCUCUGGCGGCCGCACCUGGAGCCCGACGGCCUGCGGUAGCAAGAAACUGCUCAACAAGUGUGCCGCCUCGACCGCGGAGGAGAGCGGGGCCGGCAAAAAGGACAAGGUGGCCAUCGCUGAUGACUAUUCUGAUCCCUUCGAUGCCAAGAAUGAUCUCAAGAACAAAGCAGGAAAGGGAGAGAGUGCUGGCUACAUGGAGCCCUAUGAGGCCCAGAGGAUCAUGACAGAAUUUCAGAGGCAAGAAAGCGUACGGUCCCAGCACAAAGGCAUCCAGUUAUACGACACCCCUUAUGAACCCGAGGGCCAAAGCGUCGACUCGGACUCAGAGAGCACGGUCAGCCCCCGACUACGGGAGAGCAAGCUGCCCCAGGAUGAUGACAGGCCCGCCGACGAGUACGACCAGCCAUGGGAGUGGAACCGGGUCACCAUCCCAGCCCUGGCAGCCCAGUUUAAUGGCAACGAGAAACGGCAAUCAUCUCCCUCGCCUUCCCGGGACCGGCGGCGCCAGCUUCGAGCUCCUGGAGGGGGCUUUAAGCCCAUCAAGCAUGGGAGCCCUGAGUUUUGUGGGAUCUUGGGCGAAAGAGUGGAUCCUGCUGUCCCCCUGGAAAAGCAAAUCUGGUAUCACGGAGCCAUCAGCAGAGGAGACGCCGAGAACCUUCUGCGGCUCUGCAAAGAGUGCAGCUACCUUGUCCGGAACAGCCAGACCAGCAAACACGACUAUUCCCUCUCCCUGAAGAGCAAUCAGGGCUUUAUGCACAUGAAACUGGCCAAAACCAAAGAGAAGUACGUUCUGGGUCAGAACAGCCCCCCAUUCGACAGUGUCCCGGAAGUCAUCCACUACUAUACCACCAGAAAGCUGCCCAUCAAAGGGGCUGAGCACCUGUCCCUCCUCUACCCGGUGGCUGUGCGGACCCUCUGAGCGGACAAGCGCCACCCUGCCCUGUGACAGGGCUCAGACUUGGAGGAGCCGGAGGGCCCCCCACCACCGCCCACCAGCCCGGCCGCUGUUGCAGGCCGGAUCCAGUUUGUGUCGUGUGUAUGGUACUAGCACACCACUGCAUGUCUCUAGAAUGCUGUCCACUUAACGGGGGCUGGAGAAAGCUUGGAUAAAGACAGAAGGACAGCCAUCACGCCACCCCAGCCCCCACUCCCACCCCAUCCUUGAGUUUCUGUGAAUUAAAAUAUUUGCAAAUCCAAAGAGAUGCCUUCCAGGAUGAACAAAGGAGAGCAGCUCCGGAGGGGCGAGGGGCGGGGCGGGAGCUCCCUGGGUUGCAGUUCUUUGUUCUCCAGCUGUCAUGAAUUCACACCUGUGGGGGUGGAGUGGGGACACUGCAGCUUUCCACCAGGGCCCCCCGCUGGUGCGGGGAGACAGACGGGGAUGCCCUGAGAGCCCAGAAGGCCCCAGGAGUCCGGCUUCCCCUCUGGUGUGCGUGUAUGUGUGAGUGUGAGCACAUACAUGAGCGAACACAGUCACACACAGAUGUGAAUAAGCCCACUAACCCACUGUUAGUCACUCAGUGUAACCAUUAGGAGAUCUUCAAGGAAUCAUUGUGCAGUCACAAAGAGGAUUCAAUUAUUUAUGAAUAGGGUGUGUA